AUGCAGGAUAGUUAGAAAUAAGAUUUCUUGUAAAAUAAGGCUAAAAUUGAAGAAGCAAUAGAUUCAAUUUUGAAAAAGACCCAUGAUGAAAAAUCUAAAGGAUCUAGAGAAUGCAUGUAAAUCCUAGAUUAACUUUAUGAAAUUCAGCCUCUUUUAGAAACUGUAGACGAUUCUAUAAAAGAUGUAAACCAAGAUAAAUUACAAUAGCUGUAUAAAACUUUUAGAAAUCUAUUUAAGUCAUUCAAAGAGGAUGUAUCAGAAACUUCAAAAAUGAUAAACGAUAACACAUUUGAUAAAGAUAAUAAGAUAAACAAAGAGAAAAUGAAAUAAGUCAUAGAACGAAUUAAAAAUAUGAAAUAAGAACUAGAAAAUUUAAAAAAUAAAAUAUUUGUCCCUUACAAAAAGUAUUUAGUUUGGAUAGAUUAAUGUGUUAAAAAUGAUGAAAAUUAAUUUUAUUUAAUUGAAUUUAACAAAAUUUGCAAUGGUGCUAUUGAAAUUCAUUCUUUCACUAAUAAUCAGGAUUUUAGAAAUUUUGUUGUAGAACACUCAGAUUAAAUGCUCUAUAUUAUUAUGAGCGGGAAGGCAGCUGGUGAGUCUUUCGAAGGGGAUGGAAAAAACUUAAAAUGGAUCAAAUAGCUAAUUUAGUAGAAGUCUUCAAGUGAGUUUAUUUAUGGAAUAUAUAUAUUUACUUCUUAUGAAGGAGAAAAGUACUUUAAGCCUUUAAUAAAAUCAGAAAAAGGAUUGGUCUUAAAUGUUACUUGUGACCCAGGAACCAUAUUUGAAAAUAUAAGAAAUUUAAUUUUUCCAAAGAAAUGCAUAAGGGUAUUACCAGUAGUCAAGCUAUGUGAAUUUCUUGAUAAAGAGCUUAUGGACUAAUUUCUUUUAUUAGCAAAACAGGAUUACUCUAAAAUAUAACUUAUUGACUAUCAUCCAGAUAAACCCUAUCAAAUCUAAUAAAAAUUUAAGCUUUCUGAAUUAUUAAUUAAUAAAUUUUAAAACAAAAAUUUAAAACAAAGAUUAGAAAUCGCUUUUGAAAUUAUUAAAGAUUAAAAGAUAGAUAAUUAAUAUGAAGAAAGAAAAGCAGCUACUCUUUAUAGAGGAGUAGCUAUACCAAAGGAGAGUUUUGAGUAGCUUUAUAAGGUUGAUUAAUAUAUUUGCAUGUGUGGAUUUUCUUCCUUUAGUACUGACAUUAAUAUAGCUUUAAAUUUUUCUUUGAAUGGCAAAGGAUUAAGAGUUAUUUUUAAAGUAGACUACUAAUGUGGUAAUUAACAGUAUCCUUUGAGACCAAAAUGCUUAAUUAAACUUUCAAAUUAUGAUGAAGAAGAAUAUCUAAUGAAUUGUGGAACUGUUUUUAAGAUUAAAUCCAUUUAUGAUAAAAUUGAAAACAAUGAUGUUAUUAAAUAUGUAGAGCUAAUUUUAUGA